AUGGCUGCAUCCAAGAGGAGAUACAAUAGAAAAUGGAACAUACACAUUUCUAUUUCACGACAAAACAUACGUGAACGUUUAAUUCACUUGCUAGCCAUACGUCCCAUCGAAAAAGUACAGUUAUACAAACAAUUAGAAAGAGAGGGCGUUACCGACCACCAAAAACGGGAUGUACCCAAGGUUUUAGAGGAGAUUGCAAUUUUAAAAGGAAAGGCUUAUGAUUUACGCGCUCAUAUGUGGGAUAAGGUGGACAAUGAUUGGCCAUACUAUACGAUAGAGGACCGCCGGUAUAUGAUGUUACGUAAAUAUUCCCAAACAACUACUUCAGCAUCAGUGACAUCCAGCUCAGUUGAGAGCAUCAACUCAACAAGUAACGUUAGUUCCACAAAUGAAAAUUUCCUCACAACUGUUCGUGAUAAUAGCCAUGAUAACAAAUGCAAGAAAGAGGAAUUUGAGUUAGUGCCACAGAAGAAACGGCGUAUAUGUGAUGAUUGGGAAACAAAGGAAUCUGCACAUUCUGAGGACACAAGUUUGAUUGUAAAUAAAAGCAAAGAGUAUGAGAUACGAAGAAAAUUGCCAUAUUUUACAGAGGAGGAACGACAUCAAAUGAAAUUGAAAAAGCAUUUGCGAACCUCAACAUCAUCGUUAAAUACAGAGUCAUCCAACUCAGUUUGGAGUGAUAGUUCAACAAGCGGCAGCUUCAGGUCUACAGGUAGCAGCUUCGGGUCCACAAGUAGCAGCUUCGGAUCCACAAGUAGCAGCACCUGGUCAAGAACCAGCGGCUUCAGCUCAGCAAGCACCAGCAUCAGGUCCAUAGAUAGCAGCUUCAGGUCCACAGGUACCAGCACCUGGUCAAAAAACAGCGACACCAGCUCAACAGGCUACUAUAUCAGACCAACAAAUAGCAGCACUUGGUCAAAAACCAGCGGCUUCAGCUCAGCAAGCAGCAGCUUCAGGUCCAUAAAUACCAGCAUCAGCUCCAUAAGUAGCAGCACCUGGUCAGGAAGCUGCAACGCCAGCUUAACAGGCAACAAUAUCAGGCCAACAAACAGCAACAUUUGGACCAGAAACAGCGACGCCAACUCAGUAAGCAGCAGCACGAGCUCAUCAAAUGCAUAUAGAGUUGCACGAAAUGAAAGUGUGCCCAAUAGAUAUGAGACCCAGCAGAAAAAGCAAAUCGAAAAAAUCCAACCAGACGAAUUGUUCCCCGCGAACCCGAAUGUGCCUUCGGUCAAUGAUUUUUCGCGCAAAUUCGGUUUGCUUUAUGAAAAAUUGCUUACGCUACCACACGGUGGCGAUGAUUUUGAGUAUUUUGUUAGGCGACUGAUCGAAUUAUAA